AUGGGGAACACCUGCGCCGGCCCCAGCGCCGGCCCCAGCGCCACGGCGGACCGCCACGGAUUCUUCAGCACCGUCUCCGUCGCCGUACUGUGGCGCCCCGGCGCCGCCCGCGCCGAGCCGGCGGUCCCACCGCCCGACUCCUGCCCCUCCAUGUGCUCCUCCACCUCGUCCGCGGGCCCCGAUGUCGACGAAUCCGACCUCUCCUCUCCCUCCUCCGACCCUAACAAGCCCAAGGUAAAGCGCGUCCAGAGCGCCGGCCUCAUCGCCGAAUCCGUCCUCAAGCGCGACUCGGAGCGCAUCAAGGACCUCUACACCCUAGGCAAGAAGCUGGGACAGGGCCAGUUUGGCACCACCUACAAGUGCGUCGAAAAGGCCACGGGAAAGGAGUUCGCCUGCAAGUCCAUCGCAAAGCGGAAGCUCGUCACCGAGGAGGACGUCGAGGAUGUGCGCCGCGAGAUCCAGAUUAUGCACCACCUCGCCGGCCACCCGAACGUGAUCUCCAUAGUCGGGGCUUACGAGGAUGCUGUUGCCGUGCACCUCGUCAUGGAGCUCUGUGCGGGAGGGGAGCUGUUCGACAGGAUCAUACAGCGGGGGCACUACUCUGAGAAGGCCGCCGCGCAGCUGGCUAGGGUGAUCAUUGGGAUUGUGGAGGCUUGCCAUUCUCUUGGGGUCAUGCACAGAGACCUCAAGCCAGAGAAUUUCUUGUUUGUCAACCAAAAGGAGGACUCGCCACUCAAGACCAUUGAUUUCGGGCUCUCUAUCUUUUUCAAACCAGGUGGAAUUUAUUCAGAUGUCGUUGGAAGUCCUUACUAUGUCGCCCCUGAGGUUCUGCUGAAACAGUAUGGCUGCGAAGUAGAUGUUUGGAGUGCCGGAGUAAUAAUUUAUAUCUUGUUGAGCGGGGUCCCUCCAUUCUGGGAUGUUUUGCAAGGUGAUCUUGAUUUUUCAUCCGAGCCCUGGCCCAGUAUCUCAAAGAGUGCAAAGGAUUUGGUUAGGAAAAUGCUGAACCGUGAUCCCGGAAAGAGAUUGACUGCACAUGAAGCUCUAUGUCAUCCUUGGGUUUGUGUUGAUGGAGUUGCUCCUGACAAGCCACUUGAUUCUGCUGUCUUAACUAGAUUGAAACAAUUUUCAGCAAUGAAUAAACUAAAGAAGAUGGCCCUUAGAGUAAUUGCUGAGAAUCUGUCUGAAGAUGAAAUUGCAGGAUUGAGAGAGAUGUUCAAAAUGCUUGAUACUGACAAUAGUGGCCAAAUCACAUUGGAGGAACUAAAAACUGGCUUGCAGAGAGUUGGUGCCAACUUAAAAGAGUCAGAAAUCGCAACUCUAAUGGAAGCGGCGGAUAUUGAUAACAGUGGGUCAAUUGAUUAUGGGGAAUUCCUUGCGGCAACAUUGCAUCUGAACAAGGUCGAGAGAGAAGAUAAUUUGUUUGCAGCAUUCUCAUACUUCGAUAAAGAUGGCAGUGGUUACAUUACUCAAGAUGAACUGCAAAAAGCAUGUGAAGAGUUUGGUAUAGGAGAUGCACAUCUUGACGAUAUUAUCCGAGACAUUGAUCAAGACAAUGAUGGCCGGAUCGACUACAAUGAAUUUGUAACAAUGAUGCAGAAGGGGAAUAAUCCACUAGGGAAAAAGGGACAAGGACAGAUGAGCUUUGGUCUUAGGGAAGCAUUGAAGAUACGCUAG